UAUAUAUAUAUUAGGUAGCCAUGCGCAUCAAAACACACAUCGUAUUUUUUUUUUCUUUUGUGUCUCUGUUCCUGAAUGGCCUCCAUGCUGCAAACUCGGACUCGGAUUCAUUGAUCCUUGGCUGUGGCUCAGAAAAUGAGGCCAAAGAUGCAGAUGGGAGGAAAUGGCAACCAGACUCAAAGUACCUUACUGGAUCUCAAGGAAGUCCGGCUCAAGCCCAAUAUCAGGACCCUGCACUUCUUUCUGAGGUUCCAUACAUGAAAGCCAGGAUUUUCACCUCAAAUGCCACAUACAAGUUUCCAGUGAAACCCAGGCAGCGCUACAUUAUUAGACUCUAUUUCUAUCCGGCUGUUUAUGGCAGCAACAAUGCUGAGCAGUCCUAUUUUGCGGUCAUCGCCAAUGGAAUCACUGUCCUGCAAAACUUUAGUGCUUCAAUCACUUGUAAGGCCCUUACGCAAGCUUAUAUCAUGAGGGAGUAUUUCCUGGCUCCCCUGAAUAAGGAUUCUCUAGAGGUCACCUUUUCGCCUUCCUCGGGAUUUGCUUUUGUGAAUGGUAUUGAGCUGAUUGGAACGCCUGACAUGUUCGGCAGCGCCACAAUUGUUGGGGCUUCAGACCAGGCUUUUGAUGGAAGGAGUACAAAUUUGCAGACCAUGUUUAGAGUGAAUAUUGGUGGGCAGUUUAUUUCACCCACCAAUGACUCUGGCGCCCUGACCAGGACAUGGUAUGAUGACUUUGCUUAUGUAUUUGGUGCUCAACUUGGGGUCACCAACGAGGCCGCCAAAGAUGUUAAAAUUGAUUACAAAGAUAUGCCAGGAUAUAUUGCUCCUGUUGAUAUCUACAAGACCUCAAGAUCCAUGGGAGAAAAGAAGGACAUCAACCUGAGUUACAAUCUCACAUGGGUGUUCAACCAGGUUGAUCCCAAAUUCAUGUACCUUGUAAGGUUACACUUCUGUGACUUUUACCUCAGCAAAACCAAUCAGAUAGUGUUCACUGUUUACAUCAACAAUCAAACUGCCGAGGCUGAAGCAGAUGUGAUCGGAUGGACGGGAGGAAAGGGGGUGCCUACAUACAGAGAUUAUGUGGUAGCAUUCAAGGAUGGUAGUGAUAGUAACCUUUGGCUAGCUUUGCAUCCUGCAAUGAAAUCCCGUCCUGAGUUCUACGAUGCACUCAUCAACGGAGUGGAGAUAUUCAAGCUUGAACAGGGUAAAACUUUGGCAGGCCCUAACCCUAACCCUUCUGAAAUGUUGGCAAAGGACCAGGAAAGAGAGAGAAGCUUUGAAAAUCAGCAGCAGCAACAGCAGGGAGGAAGUGGAACCAACAAAGCUCAUGUGAUUGGUGGUGCUGCUGGAGGAGCUGCAGCCUUCGGCAUAGUGGCCGCAUUGUGCAUUGCUGUGUACCAAAGAAAGAAAAAAGCCCUAGGAACCGAAACACACACUUCUAGCUGGCUACCACUCUAUGGCAAUUCACAUACCAGUGGCACCAAAUCAACAAUUUCAGGCAAGAGUACUGCUAGCAGCCACCUCACAACAGCUGCUCAAGGCCGUUGCAGGCGUUUCUCCUUUAUCGAGAUGAAACAAGCUACUAAGAGUUUUGAUGAGUCUAAUGUCAUUGGUGUUGGAGGAUUUGGAAAGGUGUACAAGGGUGUCAUUGAUGCAGGGAUGAAAGUGGCCAUCAAGAGGUCUAACCCACAAUCAGAACAAGGAGUUCAUGAAUUCCAAACUGAAAUUGAGAUGCUUUCAGAGUUGAGGCAUAAACACUUGGUCUCUCUGAUUGGAUUCUGUGACGAAGAUAACGAAAUGUGCUUGGUUUAUGACUUCAUGUCACGCGGGACUCUACGGGAGCAUCUGUACAAGGGCAACAAAUCUCAAGCUCAGCUGUCAUGGAAGAAAAGGCUGGAGAUUUGUAUUGGAGCAGCAAAGGGACUUCACUACCUUCACACAGGGGCUAGGUGGACCAUUAUUCACAGGGAUGUCAAGACAACAAACAUUCUCUUGGAUGAGAACUGGGAAGCCAAGGUUUCUGAUUUUGGGCUCUCAAAGACUGGCCCCAACAUGGACACCGGGCAUGUUAGUACAGUGGUGAAGGGCAGCUUUGGCUACUUAGAUCCUGAAUAUUUCAGGAGGCAACAGUUGACUGAAAAAUCUGAUGUCUAUUCAUUUGGGGUUGUUCUCUUUGAGGCAUUGUGUGCAAGGCCUGCUCUGAAUCCUAGCCUGCCAAAGGAACAGGUUAGUCUAGCAGACUGGGCCCUGCAUUGCCAAAGAAAAGGAACUCUGGAGGACAUCAUUGAUCCUCAUCUCAAGGGGAAAGUCAACAUGGAAAGCAUCAAGAAAUUUGCAGAUACAGCUGAGAAGUGCUUGUCUGAUGCGGGAACUGACCGCCCCACUUUGAAUGACAUCUUGUGGAACCUUGAGUUUGCUCUCCAGUUGCAGGACGACACAGAUGGUUCAAACCACUCUUCAAGACGCGCAAGAAGUGACUCCGACGAUGCCCAUCUAAGAAACCAGAACAUGAUGGCAAUGCAUUACAGCAACCUCAGCCUUGGAAGUGAGAGUGAUCUGAAUGAAGAAUCCAACAACACCACCAACUCAAAUGAAACCACCAGCGACUCCAGCGCAAUCUUCUCACAGAUUGUCAAUCCAAAAGGGCGAUGAUUGGAGCGCUCUUAAUGAAUGAUUUUCUGUGAGAGAAAGAAAGCAAUGGGAUUGAUCAAGCAAAUGCAACCAACUUACUAGAUUAAUUACUUUUCAGACAGAGGGUGAUGCUUUCAUUGUAUGUUAUUAUUUUGUCUACUCUUUUUUUCCUAUAUACUCUCAUUUAGUAGUAUUACAUUACAUAUUAAUCGGACAGGCUAUACAUAUGAUUCUAUGGAAAUUUGUACUCAAACAAGUUCAUAUAGAGUCAAGUUUAAUCUGCCUGGUGUUCCAUAUGAUAUUAAAAGUAAUAUUUGUAUAAAGUUAGCCUCUCUUCUA